CUGAUCAGUGUAGAUUUAGACGUUUGAGGCCGAAGAACGAUAGUCUCCCAAAGAAACGCAAAUCGAAACAAAAGGAAAAAAACAAAUAAAAACAUAAACGGCAUUAGCGGAAAGGAAAAACGGCGGUAGCAACAGAAAAACGUUGUUAACAUUUAGCGGCUAACGCGUUUCCUUCUCUAAACGAAAAUCGUUUUUCCAAGAACCUCCCGUGUUACGGUUUCGGUCAUAUCUUUGAAAUUUGAGUUCGUCGUGUGUGAGCCCUCCUCUAACGUCGUGAGUGAAAAGAACGCCGCAAAUGCUGGUCACUAACAUGGGAUAGGGUAUUUUGUGACGAAUUAAAAUCGCUGCCUGAAAUUUUGGAAAUAAAAUGUAAAUACCUACGCCCACAAUAGAAUAGCAAAAAAACGCGAAUUCAAAAUGUCAAAGCUAAAACGAAACUGGAAAAAUGUGCUAAACCAAAGUUUAUGGAUAAUUUAUACGCUCCUAGUAUUGCCAAUUUCGACGGGUGCUCAAAUAUGGCCCCAUGACAACAGUGUCACCAUUUCGCCCAGUAUCUGUAUCUCGUACGAGGCGCAAUUUAUCUGUGAUUGUAAGAUGGUUAAUGAGCAUUUAGUGUUGCCCCACCUAAUCGGCUCAGCCUAUCAACUGGAGAUACGUAAUUGCCAAUCAUUAACCAUAGAAUCCAAUGCCCUGCAGGAGACACAACAUUUACAUAAAAUCAUUUUUAAAAAUGUUGAAAAUUUAGUGCUUAGCCAACAUUCUCUAACAUUGCCGGACUACAGCAGCAGUACACCUUUGAUUUUGUCCUUUGAAAAGGUCAAAAUAAAACUAAUCGAUUCACUUGCCAUCAAUGGACAAAUUGAGGAAAUCACAAUUGUCGACAGCUAUAUAGAGUCUAUAAGACCCUUUGCUUUUAAUAUUUUAAAAAAUAAUGCCCUACGGCUGACCAUGGAUCGGGUGCAGAUCAAACGUAUUGAGCCACAGGCUUUUAAAAAAUUAGUUGUAGAAAAAAUCGAUAUACAAAAUUGUGAAUUUCUAACGAAUGUGCCAUCCAAAACUUUCUACGACAUUGAAGUCUCCGAUUCGCUGCUUCUAUCAAAUGUUAGAUUUAAAACAGUUCACACAAAAGCUUUUUCAUUUAAAAUGAUCUCAAAGCUAACCAUAGCUAAUAAUUAUUUUGAGGCAGUCGAUGCUGAGUGGUUGGAGGCCUUUGUAAAGAAAAGUCCACUAUUAAGAGACAAUCAAUUUGGAAAUACUAGUGAGAUAGCUUUUAAAGGCAUAAAAGUACAUCGCGACUAUGGCAGUAGUGAAAAACUAGAGUUGCGUUUUAGCAACAAUACCAUCCACUUCCCCCGCGACAAUGUACAACCGUUGGAGUUUAGCAAAGAAUUUACACUCAACGUCAAACAGCUGAAUAUGGAUAAUCCAUAUCCCUGCACGGACAUCGAUUACAAUAGUCAGAUAUUAAGACCAAAAAGUGAAUUCUAUAAUCAUUAUCAACACAAUGUCUAUUUUCGACAAGAUGCCACCACAACAUCGCAAGGCACAAGGGCAACGUAUAAGCCAUUAAAUGAAAUUAUUAACAAUGAUUGCUCCAAACACUCCUAUUGGAUUUAUAUAAUAAUUGGUGUAGUUGUGCUACUGAUCCUCAUUGCCUUGAUUGUUGUAAUAGCCUGUUGGCUGGCCGCUAAGAAACGUAAGGCGAAACGAAAAAUGGAUAUAAUACAACCGGAGCCACGUACCUAUAAGGAAACACAAAUAGUUUAUCAAAUUGAAAAUGCCGGACUUCUUAAGACUGACUUUUAACAAAAACAAAAA